AUGCGCGCAGUCCUGCCAGCAUGGCUCGCUCGCUAUUCCCUCGACCACCUCGAUGCGCUCUGGGAGACGCAGGUCCGCACACCGCUCUACUACUGCGCGUUCCUCUACGACGACGCGUCCAUCUUGCGCCACCUGCAUGAUCGCGGCCGCUUGCUCUCUCGCUGGAUGUUCUGGACACCGGCGAUCCGCGUCGGCAAGAUGGACGUGAUCGCCUACCUCUGCAGCGUCGCCGACGCGCGCGCAGAACCGCGGCUCAUGGCCACCGCCGCCGAGUGCGGCAACCUCGAGCUCGUAUUGUACCUCGCGCACCAAGGCUGCGACGCCACGGACGCUCUUAAUAUGGCGUGCAAGCACGGUCACCUCGCGAUCGCGCAGCGCCUGCAUGCGCUCGGCCUCGGCGCGUGGGACCCCAAGGUCCUCGGCAGCGUCGCCUCGCGCGGGCACCUCGACGUCCUCUGCUCUCUGCACGAUCACGGCUACGCGGGCUUCUCGUCGUCGACGCUCACGGCCGCGGCUGCCAAUGGCCACUUGGACAUCGUCCUCUUCCUCUGCCAACACCGACACGAAGCUCGUCUCGAUACCGCUCUCGUGGCUGCGGCCACCAACGGGCAUGUCCACGUCGUGCGAUGGCUCGAUCAGCAAACAAACGCAUCUGCUGUGCUGCGUGAUCGUGGUUCAGUCUAG